AUGAUGGGGGAUAAAGUGGAGGAGCCCUCCUCCGAAGACGGGGAAGAUGAAAAGGUGUAUGAUAGUUUCAACGCGGAAAUUCACGUUAACAGGGAAACGAGUGCCAAUCACGAAAAUGACGCGCUCGUUGAAAAUCCUAGUAGCAGCGAGGCGGAAAGUUCCACCUCCUCGGAGUCCCCAAACCAGGACGACAACGAUGAGGAGAAGAGUAAUUCCAGUGGAAGCAGUCAAAAGGAGGGCGAAGAAAAGAGUAAUAGCAGUCCAUUAGAGGAGGAAAAGAAGAAGAAAAAGAAAAAAAAAAGCGAAUUGGAAAAGGAAAAAAAAGAAAAUGACAUAAAUUUAGCAGUUAAAAUUGCACUGCAGGUGUUGCUAAAAAGUCAGCCCUUUCCAGUGAAGAGAGAAGAUUUAUUUUCCGUCAUUAAUAUUUUUGUACCAAACUGUAAUAACGAUGUUAAAAAAAGAAAAGCUAUUUUGAAGUCGUUACAAAAGAAGGUAAAAAAUAUUUUGGCCUUAAAUUUGCUAACGCUGAAUUCGAAAACGAAGACUGAAUAUGUAUUAUCGCAAUGUAUAACAUACAGAAAGCAUAACGAUUUUUUGUUGUCCCAAAUGGAUCAUGAUAUAAGGGGUUUCCUCAUUUUCCUCAUUCCUUUUUUCAAUGUUUUUUAUAAAAAAAUUCCCUUGAGUUAUUUACUGCACGAGUUAAAUAAUGUUGGACAUACGUUGGUAAAAACAAAAGAAGAAGUGGUGAAAAUUUUAAGCUCCCCAAAUGUUCUUUCCACCAUUGCUAACCAUAUUUUAAUGACCAAGGAGUUGGUUGACCCUUUGGACUUUUUAAUAUAUGCCAAAAAAUUGUCCUACAUCGAUUUCAGCACUGACCACCAGUACGAUGAGAGUUCCUUGGAUGGGUUUUACUGCAUACCCACUGCUCGGUUUGAAAACGAAAUUAACAUGAAGCAGUACAUAACGGAUCUGCUUAAUGUCCCCAAGAAAACGUUUCAGCUCAAGGAUGUGUAUAUCCUAUUUGAGGAGAAAUACUUCAUGGAUAUUAACUACGAAAAUUUGUGA